CCGCCGCCGCCGCCGCCACCACCCGCGGGCCGCGCCGGGCCCCUCGGUUGCCCGCCCUGGCUGGCUGGCUGGCUGGCUCCUCUCCCAGCUCCGGCCGCAGCUCUCCUCCGCCCUGCCGUGCCGCUUCCCUUUCAUCCGCUCCACGUGACGGGGGCCGCCGUGGGGUUAUCCCCGCCCCGCUCGCUCGCUCGCUCGCUCGGGCAGCUGCUCCGGCUCCUGCGGCGGCGGCGGCGGCGGCCUGGCCCGGGCACAGCCUUGCACGCCCGCCCGUCGCAGCACUUGCAGGGAGCACUUGCUAGGCGCACUCCGGCGGGACCCUGCCGCCUGGCACACCGGGCGGCCUGCAGGAGGGCGGCGCGGGCGGAACUUCCCUCCCGGGCCGGGCCGGGCCUGGCGGGAGAGACACCGGCGCCGAGGGAAAGGCCAGGCGGGGAAGAUGGCUGCCCAGCGCUGGGCGCCUCAGCCUUGCCUCUCCACCCCCCAGCCCCCGACACCUACUCAGGCAGAGACGCUGGGGCAGGCUCCCCUGGCCUGGCUGAGGGUGCCCAGGAAACCACACACCGCAACCCUCAAAGCUGCCAGUUGACCCCAGCAACACUGCUACCCGCUUGCUGGGACAUGAGGCCCUAUGGCUCUCACUCUGCCCGGCACUCAUCCUAUGCCCAGGAGCUAGCAACUGGCCAAAAGUGUAAGAAGGGCCUCAUUAACAAACAAAAUGGCAGGAACCAAGCUAACUUGGCGAGGGUCAUGACGACACUGCCCCCCUAA